AUGCGCGUGCAGGAACGAUGGCACCUGAAAAUGAAGCCUCUCGCAUCGUGCUUCAAGUUCCGGCUGCCCUGGGAUGCUGGGACGACAACAUACCUCAACGGGUCUUUGCACUUGCCAGUUUGGGGUCCAGCAACCACAACGGAGAGUCGUCUGUUCGUGGAGUUUGAUGGUGUGGACCCUGAAAAGUGCUUCCGCACCUAUGACAACCAGAAGUAUGAGCAGCAGAUGUUCUACUUCAACACUCACCGGCGCAUUGCGAAAUACAAGCACGACUUCACUGAUUACUUUCGGUGUUGCUGCUUCGAUUGCACCUCGGAGGUGGCCAUCUUGACAAAGUAUUUUCAAGUGGUCGAACCAACGCCAGAGGAGGUUGUGGGGAUGUUCCUGGAAUCAGUCGCCUGCUGGACUUUGAAUGCCACCGCGCAGUGCUCAGCCGCUUCAGACUUUCAAUGUGUUCCAGAAAAGUUGAAGCGCAUUGCCCGCUCCAAGGCAUCCUUUGCGCGCCUCAGACAGGGUCUCGACGUGAACGUUGCCCAGGACACGAGGGUGUCUUCCGUUUUCAGACAUUGGGGACAAAGUAGCCCCAAGGGUGUUCGCCUAGGUGCAAAAAAGACUCUGAAUCGAAUUGUCCGGGCUGGCAGAAGCGUUCUGCGGCCCGUGGAAAUCCGGGAGGCGCUCUCGUCCAUACCACCGAUGGUGCUUCCUGGUGAUGCCAUCAUCGAGGAUGAUAACGGGGAUGAGCACGAGGCAGAGGCGGCCGAGUUCCAUUCCAUCACAGACUCGGAAGAGGAGAUGCACGGCGAGGUGUCCGGAUUUGACAAGCGCAAGGCCGACUUUCCGCAAGGUGUUGGGGAGCACAGCUGGAGCAUUCACGAUGCGUCAACUUUCAAGUUGCGAUCAGACAUGUACUUCCUGGACGGGUCAAAGGUACCCUCAGGCCCUGCAAUGUUACAGCUGGUGGACGUAGACCUUUCCCUCCUCGGGCCCCACGGUCCCGUCGUUGAAUCGGCGAAGCAUCCUGACUUUGCGUGCCAAGCAUUUCGACGAAGGGGAGACAAUCGUUUCAUGUUCGUAUGGAACUUCAUUAUGCCUCCCUACCAGACCGUCAUUACUGCUGCCCUCGAUCCAGCUGCUCCCUGGCUUUUGGAACCAGAGACUCCGCAGGCUCGGGUGUGGCGUCGCUUCCUAGCUGCAAGCUUAGAGGAGCAAAAGAAGAAGCUGAAGCUUAUCUUCUCUGUCGAGACGGGCCCGUGGGUUGUCAAGAAAGUUGCUCUCAAGAAGCCCACGCUGAUCGGCCAGAAGAUAUCGAUGGCGACCAGCUACAAACGCGAUGACCACCUUGAGAUCACAUUGGAUGUCACGAAUGGAGGUAGGGGAGGAGGCUACGAGGAGAUGGUGACCCGCAUGGUGCUGAGACAUGUGAAGAGCCUGGAGUGUGGCCUGUGCUGCCUCAUUGAGGCAACUCAAGAGGAUGAGCUCCCGGAGUCGACAUCUCAGGAUGGACACAUGCCGGAUGUGGAUACCGCCACGGGUCGCGUGCUGACAGCCACCGUCCUGGCUUCCGAGCGGGAGAUCACUGCCAACCGCGACUACCAGCUGACCAUCUUCGUCAGGAAUCCUACGCUGAUGAUUCCACCAUACGAGGAAGCCGUGUGGAAUGUCUGGAAUUUGGACACGUUCGACAGCCCUGGGUCGUCUGGCGUUCUGCCAACAUUUCGGGAUUCCAUCUCAUUGCCUGGAUACCCAGUGUACAACAAAGCACGGCAGUGGGUGGUGCGCAAUCAGGAUCCUGUCACGGGUGUCAACUAUCGCAACGGGCUUUCUGAGAUUCCCGGCCUCUUUGUUCAGUUUCAGCUCCCAACCAAGCUGGUGCCGGGAGAUGUCAUCACUAUUGAAGGUCCCACAGGUUUUACCUUCAAGACGGGCCUACAGGAUACCUGCGAUGACUUCCGGUGGGAGCCACUGGAGGAUGCCUACCUCUACUUGCCCAACUCCAUGAUCACUUGCAUCAACAACAUGAUCACCAUGACGGUCCAGGAGCCCAAGAACAUCCCAGAGCUGCGCGUGAUGAUGUUCCGUCUCACUUCACGAAACCCUGCAAAGACCCCACACACCUUCCUGAACCAUUGGAGCAUCACUCACACUUCGAAUGGUGCCAUCAUGAGCACAGAGGCCAUCAAGAGCUGGGACGUGGUUCCACAGCUUGCAGGAGUAAGGAUCAUGCUGGUCGGGCAGCAGAAGGCCGAAAAUUCGGUGUCAACCAUUGCCAUCUCGUACACGCCUGUUUCCGAUGCGGACGAGCUCAGCUUGGAGGCUCUAGAACCAACUGGCUUCGAUUUUACGGGUGCUUCGGCAGUUUCGUUGGGCCAUGAGGUCAUAGCAACCAAUGCUGAGACAAUCCGAAUUCGCGCAUCCAUGUAUGCAGAGGUCAAUGUCGACAUAGUCAUUGCGGACUUCAGGCUCGGGCUCAAUGGUGGCCCAACCCUUUUCAAUCUGGUAACCAAGCUGAACAACGGCGAUCAGAUGGACGAAGCCCUCAACUUCAGGGGAGGAUUCCGCUUGCCUGGCAGAGUCGCUGUUACUGGAAAGCGGAUUAGCAGCGAGUACAAACUCAUGCCGGAGCUGUACCCCGUGCCAUCACUUUGGGAGGUACGCAUGGGCGAGACUGCGGUUGUAGAGAUGCCUUUCACAGUCACGAUCAACACCGCCGUCGGGAGCAUGAUGCGGUUGCGGGCUCCUCCAUACGACCUGCAGGCUGAGCAAUUCAACAUAAUCCAAAGUGGAACAGCAGAGACAGUGACCUCAGAGGUCAUUAGCUCCUCUUCUGGCGAGAUGGUAGCCCGCCUCAGCACACAGCUCUUCCGAGGAGUGCUGUACGAGGCGCAGGUGCGAGUUCUCACCCCGAAGGUCCCAAACCCUACGGAUGCCAUGUGGAGCAUCGAGGUGGGUCGACCAUCCCCUCGCUGGAGUCAUUUUGCGGCAUUCGUUGUGAGCAGACCCCUUUAG